ACGCGAUUAUAAUAGACAAACUCCUAAGUAAAUUAAACAUGUAAUUUUCACCAAACAUUUUAAAAUUAUCUCAAAAUGUAACAAGAAAAUACCAAAUUUAAAUGCAGUUUUAAUCACUAGAUUGGCAUUUUGUAAUUUUUAUUCGAGUGCAUAAACUAUCCUUCUUACCACUCCCGUUGUUGGGUAAAAAUAACAAAAUGUCAAGAACUCCAAGAAGCAAGUCAUAUCCAGGGAGCCUAUCAGACGCCCUAGGCGUACAAUGGGCGCCACGAGACCUGCCCAUGGCGCGGCGUCUCCAGACCCUCGGCGCUAUCGGAUGGAUCAGCAUGGUGCUAUUCGGGGAAGCCUUCGCCAUCUACCUGUUCUUCAAGCUGCUGUACUCGCAGUACUGGUGGCUCGCCAUCGCGUACUCCGUGUGGAUGUUGAGGGACAUUGACACGCCGGCUAGAGGGGGACGCACGUUUGAGUGGGUAAGAAACUGGGCCUGGUGGCGUUACUACCGCGACUAUUUCCCGCUCAAGCUCGUCAAAACGGCGGACCUGGAUCCUUCCAGAAACUACCUCCUCGCAUGUUUCCCACACGGAGUUGUCUGCACCGGGGCCUUCGGGGCUUUCGCUACAAACGCCUUGGAUUUCUACAAGAUAUUCCCUGGAAUGAGCUGCAAUAUGAUCACUUUGGGCGGCCAUUUUCUAGUACCGUUCUUCAGGGAUUUGAUCCUUGGGCUGGGCGCUUGCACAUCGUCAAGAGAAAGUUUGUUGCAUCUGCUGGACAAGAAGAAGCAUAAAGGGAACUGUGUGGCAUUGAUCGUUGGCGGGGCUGCUGAGGCGUUGGACUCCCACCCUGGGGAGUACAGUGUCAUCUUGAGCAGGAGGAAAGGAUUUAUCCGUAUCGCGAUGGCGUCAGGAGCGCCCCUCGUGCCAGUAUUCUCAUUCGGCGAGCCCGACGUUUUCCGGCCAUUGAACAACCCUCAGGACAGCUGGCUGAGAUGGUUCCAGGAAGCGGUAAGGAAGUGGACCGGCAUCUCGCCCAUGUUCCCCGUGGGUCGCGGCGUGUUCCAAUAUAACUUCGGGGUGGUGCCGCUCCGUGCGCCCGUCACCACUGUCGUCGGCACCCCCAUGGAGGUCCAAAAGAACCUGGAACCAACCGACGCUGAAGUGGACGCAGUUCACGCGGAGUUCACACAGAGGCUUGUCGAUCUUUUCGAAGCGGAGAAACACAAAUACUUGAAGAACGCGGAGAAUACACAUCUGGUUAUUACGUAACAGGACUAUUUUACAAUCCAUCCUUAGAUUAUGCCGGCUGUACACAUUCUUCGCGAGAACCCGAUACAGGCGGAGGAUGAGUACCUAUAGGCUAUACUUCUCGUCAUGCCAUGCCCUUCUCUGAUUGGGUGAAGUUUUUGAAGCCGGCGAGAGCUUCUCGACGAGUAUGUACAGCUGGCAUAAGAAGCAAGGCAUAUACUAUCUAUACCUAGUAGGUAUACAGGGCGUCCCACAGCUAUGCCACAUGGAGGGUAAGUACCCUGAAUAUUGUAGAUAGAACAUUUUGCUGAAAGAAGACAUUAUUUUAAUUUAAAAAACAAUUUAAACUGCAUUCAUAGAUUUUUAAAUAAUUACAUGGUUGAACCGGGAAUCGAACCCGCUACACGAAAAAAAAACACCCUGUAGCUUUUUCAUACCGAUCGAAAGGCUUCAUUAUAAGGAUUAUUUUUUGCUAAAUAACAUAGUGUCGGUAAUAAAAAGAAACCCAUGAAUUUUAACAUUUUUAAUUCAAAUUAACCAAUUUAAUUUAUCAAAUGCUCAAAAUGAGUGUCAUUCUGUUGAAUACAAAGCCGCUCUCUUUUGAUUAUUUCGCUAAAUUUCACAUCAAAUGUUAAAAUUCAUGGUCUUCCUUUAGUUUCUGACACUAUGUUAUUUAGCAAAAAAUAAUCCUUAUGAUGAAGCCUUUCGAUCGGGAUGAAAAAGCUACAGGGUGUUUUUUUUUUCUCGUGUAGCGGGUUCGAUUCCCGGUUCAACCAUGUAAUUAUUUAAAAAUCAUGAAUGCAGUUUAAAUUGUUUUUAAAAUUAAAAUAAUGUCUUCUUUCAGUAAAAUGUUCCAUCUACAAUAUUCAGGGUACUUUCCCUCCAUGUGGCAUAGCUGUGGGACGCCCUGUAUAUAGUUUGCAAGUAUAGUUUUUAUAUUUCGCCAAUAUUUUGAAAUUGGGUCGAUCAACUAGAGAUAAUUUUACCCAAUUAAAUUUCCUAUAAUAAUUUGUCCUGUGGACUCUAUAAGGUCAAUGGUACGAACAAAACCUUUUCUAACGUAUUGGGUACAACAAUAAAAGCGCAUAGCGUAAGGGAUAGCUCAAUGGUAUUAGAAUUUAGAUACUUUAUUCCAUAUGAAUAGACUGAUAAUUUAAAUUAAUCAUAAGUUCUUUAAAAUGGAUUAUAACAAUAGAAUUGUCUAGAAUAUUUUGGGCCAAAAAUUUCUACUAUUCAAAUUAUCCAGAUUUUGGAUAAUUAUUUCAAAUAUUGAUAAUAAUUUUUUGGGCAAAGCUAUUUUAGACUAGCUAUGACAUCAUGCAAUAUAAAAUAUAAUUAUGUUACAAGUGAAAUGUAAGGUACAAAUAUAUUUUCGUAUGUUGUUACAAAA